CAAUCUAACUAGCAUGAUUUAUUUUCAAUGAUAAUAACUUUAGAUAUACGUUCAAGCAAAUAUCAUAGAACUUAACUAACGAUUGGAUAAUUGAAUUUUAUUGGUCCAAUAGGACAAAAAGAAAUUCUAAAUCUUCUAAUUAAAUGAAAGUCUUUUUUGCAAAUGAAACCUUUUAUUAUUUUUAUUCAUUACUGAUAAAUUAUCAUAUGUAUCUUUCUUGACAUGUGCAAUUGGACUGAUUUGACCCGCAGAACAUUUUACAAUGAUACGGUUAAGUCCGAUAAUUUUUUACCUAAUAAAAUUACAUCAUCAACUGAAAUUAACAUCAAAGCAAAUAAUAGAUUUCGCGUGGUUAAUUUAUCGUCAUUUACGCGAAUUUUAUAUGAAUAAUAAAAUUACUUAUAUAGAAGAAUUGAAAGAAAUAAUUAAAUAACUGCUUAUAAAUUAU